AUGUUACGGACACCGAAAGUCACGUUGAAAGAAUGGUCAAGCACCGGCGGGGUUUGGUGUGAUCGGAUACCAGAAGAGCCCGACAGUGACUACGAGACAGAUAGUAGAAGAUCGGGUUCUCUGAUUGGUUCUUCUGUGACCUCGUUGCACCAUCGCUACACAGCUUCCGAAGCGGGCGAGAUGAGCGGCCUCACUUUCCAACUUCAAACUGGUCUCAAUCGUAAAUCCCUUACUGUUGAGGGUCCAGAGAUCUCUCUACGUGAUCUCCGAAAUGCGGCUUUCAGAUUUCUCGUUGAAACGUACCCAGAAGACUCGCCCGGUGAAUCGCUUCAUGAUCAGAUUAUGCUUUACAAGCACGAUCUUCGAUCAAUCAAUAUUCUUCAAUUGAUCACCACUUCUGCUGAUAUUAAUGAAGGAACGCUGGUCGAAGUUGUCAUCGGUUCUUGUCCCCAUCAUGAACGCCUCGUCGUCCAUCCACACACUCUCUACGUUCACUCCUACAAAACCCCGACUUUCUGUGAUUUCUGCGGAGAGCUUCUUUUCGGUUUGGUGAAACAAGGACUCAAGUGUCAAGGAUGUGGCCUCAACUAUCACAAGCGAUGUGCAUCGAAGAUCCCGAAUAAUUGCAAUGGAUCGAGACAGAGAAGACCGUCGGCUAUCCCGCUUUCCCCAUCCAAUUCACAUGGAUUCAGACCGUCAAUUGGUGGCACUUCAAUGCUCGAUGCAUUGGAUACAGGCCGACCGUCGCCGUCACUCACACCCGAUAUUUAUGUGACACCGGAUAAUGAUUGCGGGGAUCCUGUGGGUGGAAAUCUAUUGCAAAUGCCGAGAAAAGAUCGGAGUUGCUCGUGGUCUGGAAGGCCGUUGUGGAUGGAAGUCGCUGAAGCAACCAGGGUCAAGGUCCCUCACACAUUCCAAGUGCACAGCUAUAAACGACCAACCGUUUGCCAGUACUGCAAAAAGUUGCUUCGAGGAUUGCUUCGACAGGGGAUACAGUGCAGGGAUUGCAAAUACAAUUGUCACAAGAAAUGCUCAGAAUUGGUUCCCCGGGAUUGUCCCGGUCCAUCAGCGAACACUCAACCAUUUUUCUUGGGAACACAAGAUGAUCGUACUCAUGAUGAAAGUGCUGAUGAAAGCUCGGGAUUAUUGCGACACAAAAAGGCCACCAACACUCCAUCAGCACCGUUGGCCGGGCAGAAUGAGAAAGGAACACAGAUCACUUUCAAUAAUGGAGCUGCGAGUCCAGAAGCUGACGAGGGAGCGCUCAAUGAGAGUCAGAAUAUCCCAUUGAUGCGUAUUGUGAUGUCAAAGAAGCAGACGAAGAGAAAGAACAAUAAAUUGAUUAAAGAAGGAUGGAUUGUUCAUUACACAGAUCAACAGAAUAAUCGCAAAAAGCACUACUGGCGAUUGGAUACGAAAUCGAUCAUUAUGUAUCAAGAUGAGACAUCCACAAGAUAUUAUAAGGAAAUCCCGUUGAAUGAGGUCUUGGAGUUGAAGUCAGUUGAGCAUGAGAGUCUUUCUCGAAAAACCACUCAUUUCUGCGAGAUUCGCACUCAGGGAUGCACCUACUUUUUGGCAAGCUCGAACAACGAUGGGAAAAACGAGGAAACGGCUACGGGUUGGUCGUGUGCGAUUCAGGCGGCAUUGAUGCCAGUGACUCCACAAUCUUCAACCGGGCUCACACGCGAUAUGGCUCAAUUAAAAGUGCCGAGCCAAGGAGAGAAAGGACAUUUGGGUGUACAAAUACAAAGUGAACAGGAAUUCUCACAGCUCUAUCAGAUCUUUGCCGACGAGAUUCUUGGAUCCGGCCAAUUCGGUACUGUUUACGGGGGAAUUCACAGGAAAACGGGCACGCAUGUCGCUGUGAAACUCAUCGAUAAGCUCAAAUUCCCACCGAAUAAAGAGGAUCUGUUGAGGACCGAAGUUCACAUUUUGCAGAAAGUCUCCCAUCCUGGUGUGGUCGAAUUCCAACAAAUGCUUGAGACGCCCGAUCGGAUCUUUGUUGUGAUGGAGAAAUUGAAGGGCGAUAUGUUGGAGAUGAUUCUAUCGAGUGAAAAGGGACGAUUGAGUGAGAGAACCACACAGUUCUUGGUUGGACAGAUUCUCGUCGCGCUCCGCUACUUGCACAACUUAAACAUCGUCCAUUGCGACUUGAAACCCGAGAAUAUUUUGUUGACUUCAAAUUCCGAUUUCCCACAGGUGAAACUCUGUGACUUUGGAUUUGCGCGAAUUAUUGGAGAGAGAUCUUUCCGAAGGAGUGUCGUUGGAACACCUGCUUAUUUGGCUCCCGAGGUACUUCGGAAUAAAGGUUUCAAUCGAUCACUUGAUAUGUGGAGUGUUGGAGUCAUCGUUUAUGUUAGUUUAUCCGGCACUUUUCCAUUCAAUGAGGAUGAGGAUAUCAACGAUCAGAUCCAGAAUGCUGAAUUCAUGUAUCCACCGACGCCGUGGAAGGAGAUCACUGAAACGGCCAUCGAUUUCAUCAACGGUUUACUGCAAGUGAAGAUGAGCAAGAGGUUGACUGUGUCAAAGGCUCUCGUUCAUAUUUGGAUGCAGGGUUAUCAACUCUGGUCCGACGAGCGUUGCCUUGAAAAAGAAGUGGGUGAACGAUUCUUGACACACGAGAGUGAUGAUCAACGAUGGGCAGAAUACGAGAGUCACAACGGGCUACAACCUGUCUAUGUC